AUGGAUUUGUUUUCCGAUGCACACAUUGCAGCAAGUCCAUCCAAGAUCGAGGAAUGGGUCGAACGUUUCGAGCUGUGGUUCAUUCGCAAAGGUGGUACACAGAAUCAGUCAGCCCUAUUUCUUACUGCUAGCGGCUGUGGCCUGUACUCCCUGUUGAGAAACCUGGCGUUCUUUGAGGCUCCAGCCAAACUACCAUACGAGUCCCUGAAAUCGCCGCUGCUCAACCACCUGCUACCCACUGGAUUCCAAACACAUGAAAGGGCCAAAUUCAACUCCAUGAUUCGGACCGAUGAUGUUUCCUGCCGUGAACAGCAGCUGAACAAACAAGAAUUACGCUGCAACUAUGGUGAUCGCCUGGAAGAAUAA